CAAAAAAUGAAAAAAACCCUUUAACCAAACAGCAUUUAUUUUUCUCUCAUUUUCUUUCUCUUUCUCUUUCUCUUUCUCUUUCUCUUCAUUUUAAUUCUCUCUUACUUUCUCUCUGCUUCACCAUCCGACGAUCUCUUCACCUGAAUUUGGAUCCGGAUCAACGAGGGAGUGAAUAGAAGGGAAUAGCGACAGACAGGAAAAGAGAAAGAGGGGAGAAGAGAGAAAGUGAAGAUGAGUGAGAACCAGAGGUUCCAGCUGGGGACUCUGGGUGCUCUGAGUUUAUCAGUUGUAUCGUCGGUUUCGAUUGUGAUAUGCAACAAGGCUCUCAUUAGUUCUCUCGGUUUCACUUUUGCCACAACAUUGACAAGCUGGCAUCUCUUGGUCACAUUUUGUUCCCUUCAUGUGGCAUUAUGGAUGAAAUUGUUUGAGCACAAGCCUUUUGAUGCAAGAGCUGUAAUGGGAUUUGGCAUAUUAAACGGGAUAUCCAUUGGGCUUUUGAAUCUUAGCUUGGGUUUCAAUUCUGUCGGUUUCUACCAGAUGACAAAAUUGGCAAUCAUCCCAUGUACGGUCCUUUUGGAGACGCUUUUCUUCAGGAAGAGAUUCAGUCGGAAUAUCCAGCUUUCAUUGGUUAUCCUUCUUAUGGGUGUUGGAAUUGCAACCGUUACUGAUCUUCAACUCAAUGUCCUUGGUUCUGUCUUGUCUAUGCUUGCGGUGGUUACGACUUGCGUUGCUCAGAUUAUGACCAAUACUAUCCAGAAAAAGUUCAAAGUCUCUUCGACCCAACUUUUAUAUCAGUCUUGCCCCUAUCAGGCAUUAACUUUGUUUGUUAUUGGUCCAUUUCUAGAUGGUCUACUAACUAAUAAAAAUGUUUUUGCUUUCAAGUACACCCCUCAAGUUCUGUUCUUCAUAGUCCUUUCCUGCUUGAUAUCCGUCUCUGUGAACUUCAGUACUUUCCUGGUAAUUGGGAAGACAUCCCCCGUCACCUAUCAGGUUCUAGGGCAUCUGAAAACAUGCCUAGUUUUGGCCUUUGGUUAUGUUCUACUUCGUGAUCCUUUUAGCUGGCGCAACAUUUUGGGGAUCCUUAUUGCAGUAAUUGGAAUGGUACUGUAUUCUUAUUAUUGCACUGCUGAGAAUCAGCAGAAGGCCAGUGAAGCAUCCGCAAAAUUGCCCGAGGUCAAGGACAGUGAAUCUGAUCCUUUGGUUGGUGUGGAAAGUGGAAGUGGAAUUUUAGUUGAUGGUGUCGCUCCAAAAGCUCCUGUGUGGAGUUCAAACAAGGAUCUUCAUGCAUAAACCUCAAAAUUUUAUGAAAUUCAAAUUCACCUUGGAUCAAUAUUGGUAGAUGGAACUGUUUCAGCGAUGAAGAUGUUGCUGGGAAGGGUGUUCAUAUAUCGCAUGGCGGCUGUUGGGGUAUUCUGAGAUUGUUACUUAUACUAGACCAAGUUGAAGGAAAUUGUCCAAUUACAUAGCAUUUUUGGUUAUUAGUUUUAUGAAUCAGGCAUGGGACGGGAUGAUACCAGAAUUUUAUAUGUUAAAAUGUAUACUUUUGUUCCCCAAUACUAGAAAAAAAAAGGGAAAAAGGGAAAUUUUAUUAGUGUUCUUUCUUUCUGUAAUGUUCCUGCUAAUCUCUGAAGAACGGAGGCUUCUUGCUAUUGACUAUCACCUGUUUUGUAUCUCUCAUUAAUGCAUAGCAGAUUCAAGAAUUUUAAUUUUCUUUCUAAA